UUCUUCUCCGGUUUAUAUAUUUCCACCACUUCAAAUUCAUCAUAUUUGUUGAUCAAAAUUUUGUAAUAUAAUAUAAAUAAAUCAUGAGUAAAUUCUUUAGUAAAAGAAGAUUUCAUUCAUCUUCACCUGCUAAUUUGAUACCUAGUAACUUUUUUAAUUACAAUAAUAAUAAUAAUAAUUCGUCGAAAUCUUCGCCGGAAUCGUGCCGGAGUUCGGCUAACGGAGGGCUGUAUUCACCGCAAUUGAAGAAGAGAUUGACUAGGCAGAGGAAGCUCCGGUAUGUGUCGGCGGAGGAAUAUUCUGCGCCGGAAGAAGGUGAUGGUGUUCGGUCGAAAUCGUUGCCGCACACUCCGGUUUCGGAUUCUGUGAUUUUGGAGUCGCCGUCUCCGUCGCCGCAGUUGCCGGAACAUUGGUCGGUGUUUGCCGUGCCGCAACGGUUGCCGCUUCCUAUUGACGAGCUGCGGCUUCAGGCGGAAGGAGGAAAUGACCGUUGCAGAUCUGAUAGGAUAAAAACAAAGGGUCGUGGUGUCCCAGUAUCGCCUAAAACCUCAACUUAUCAUCGUCGGAGAGGUCGUCCUCAAGACAAUGGUGAAAAGGUUCAUGAUGACAUCAGGUUGGAUGUUCCUGCUAGGAGUGCUCCAUCAACCACCUUGACUAGUCCUACUCUAAGCCCCAAAAGAUUUAGCACAGUCGAUAUUUUUGAUUCUGCAUUUACCAUUCCUCAAGAAUGCCAUUUGUCAACAACGUCAAGAAGAGGUUGUCAACUACACAGUCCACCGUUACAAAGUCCUUACUUGAAUUGUAAAACUGAAACUAAUAAUGCCAAUGUUCACCCACUUCCACUUCCGCUUCCACCUCCACCUGCACCGGCACCUUCAAAACCUGUUUCUCAUCGCCAAAGUUUUGACAAACCAGAUGGGCAGCCAAUAAAAGGUCAAUGGCAAAAAGGGAAACUUUUGGGACGGGGUACUUUUGGUACUGUUUAUGAAGCAACCAAUCGUGAGACUGGGAGUUUAUGUGCCUUGAAAGAAGUCGAUGUCAUAUGUGAUGACCCUAAAUCAUCUGAAUGUGUAAGGCAGCUGGAGCAGGAAAUAAGAGUACUAAAAAAUUUAGAGCAUCCAAACAUUGUACAGUAUAUGGGUUCAGAAGUGGUAGAGGACCGGUUUUGUAUAUAUUUGGAGUAUGUUCAUCCUGGGCCGAUAAAUAAAUAUAUCCGGGAACACUGUGCAGCUGUAACAGAAUCUGUAAUUCGAAAUUUUACACGUCACAUUCUUUCAGGGUUGGCCUAUUUGCAUAGCAAGAAGACUGUUCACAGGGACAUUAAAGGAGCAAAUUUGCUUGUUGAUGCAUAUGGAGUGGUGAAGCUUGCAGACUUUGGGUUGGCGAAACAUCUUUCUGCACACGUAACUGAUCUUUCUUUAAAGGGCAGUCCACAUUGGAUGGCUCCAGAGGUUCUGCAAGCAGUUAUGCGAAAAGAUUCAAACCCAGAACAUACAUUUACCAUGGAUAUAUGGAGUUUGGGAUGUACAGUCAUUGAGAUGGUGACUGGGAAACCUCCAUGGAGCGAAUUUAAUGGGGUGCAAGCAAUGUUCAAUGUGUUGCAUAGAUCACCACCUAUACCGGAAACUUUAUCAGCGGAAGGGAAGGAUUUCCUCAAUCGGUGCUUGCAGAGGAAUCCAGAAAAUCGCUCAUCGGCUGCUAUGCUACUUGAACAUCCUUUUGUGUGUAAUUCAUUCGAUCACAAUAUUUCACUCUGCAAACAAGAGUUUUCUAGUCUGAGAUUGAAUGAAAUAUUUCAUAAUCCAAGAGACUCUCCAGCUCACCCCAAAGAUACGGCGCAAUCCUCACAAUGCACGUUGCCUAAACGUGGAAGAUUACAGUUUAAAUGCGGAACACCGAAACAACCUUAUUCAGAGACCAAAACUUCAAAAGCCACUCGCCUUUCACCUCGGUCAACCCUUGAUGCUUCCGACGUCAACUUUAGGACACACCAUUAUGGGAUUUCACAAGUUCAUAGCCGUUUACCUUCAACAUCCGUGGGUGCCAGAACAUAUUCUCUUCCAACGACUCCUAGCAGGGAAACCUACCUGUUUUAAAAUGUUUUUUCCUUCACUCUUAAUGUCAGAUUACAUAACAAAUAGAAAUUUAAGGAACUAGAAACACUUUAGCCAUAAUUAGUUAGUAUAUUGGUUCUGCUUCUGGUCUACUAUUUCAUAGAUGUUGUACUGUUGUUAGUAAUUUAUUUGUAUGUGCUUAUAUUUGAAUAGCACUUUAACCAUGUA